AUGAAUGACCCGAGCACUGUGAUGACGGCGCUAUUUGUCGGCGCAGCCCUCCUUAUCAUCGGCUGUGCAUUGAUGGGCGGUUCUGUGGAACGAGUCUUGAUGAUGGUGGGCAGGAUCUUCACGGGCUUGGAGCGAGAUCUACUUGCCGAGUCAUCGCGGAUGGCACAUGUCAUCAGUUAUUAUGCCCCAACCCUCGUCAAAGAUAGCUUGGGCAUGUCGUAG